GCCGGGAAGGCCGGCAGGCAGGAGGGCCGGACGGCCGCAGCAGAGCCAUGGAGCCCACCGCAGGGCCCGCUGUGCUCUACCAAAAGCUACUGCUCUGGGAUCCGAGCUUGGAGUCUGAGGAAGAGGAGACCUCAGAGCUGGUGGUUCCUGAUCCCUGGAGGCCCCAGGACUCCUUGGGGAUCGAGGCUGGCAGGCUGCCUGGGGCCUGGGCCCGCCUACUCGCGGCCCUGCUGCUGCUGGCCGUUGGCUGCUCCCUGGCGGUCAGGCAGCUCCGCGCCAGCAGCAGCUCUGCGGCCCCUGCACCCAACGGCCACUCCCACCACCCUGGCGUGUACCACCACGGGGCCGUCGUCAGCCCUGCAGCCACCUGCUCCCACCUGGGCCGAGAGCUGCUUGUCGCCGGGGGCAACGUCGUGGACGCUGGAGUGGGAGCCGCCUUGUGCCUGGCGGUGGUCCACCCUCACGCCACAGGGCUAGGUGCCAUGUUCUGGGGCCUCUUCCACAACAGCACCACAGGCAGCUCCACUGCCCUGAUGCCAGGCCCAGCCCGGGCACUGGCUCCUGGCCUAGGGCUGCCAUCCGCUCUGCCCGCCCUGCACCUGCUGCACACACACUUUGGCCGCCUGCCCUGGCCACGCCUGCUGGUGGGCCCCACCACGCUGGCUAAGGAUGGCUUCCUGGUGGAUACGGCCCUGGCCAGGGCCCUGGCCACCCAGAGCACAGACGGCCUCUGCCCACUGCUUUGCCACACUGAUGGGACCCCGCUGGGCCCUGGAGCCCGAGCCACCAACCCCAAGCUGGCAGCGGUGCUAGAAAAGGCGGCACUGGCCCCCACCCCAGACCUGGCCGGGGACGCCCUGCUGAGUCUGCUGGCCAGAGACCUGGGGCUGGAGGGACCCUCGCCUGGGCCUGGGCCCACCCUGGAGCCUGCCCUGCAGCUUCCUGUGCCCCAGGGCAUCCUGUUCACCACCCCCAGCCCCUCAGCUGGCCCAGAACUGCUGGCGAUGGUGGAGGCAGCCUUGCACCCUGGAGGGCCCAGCCCUGACCCCUGCUCGAUCCUCCCACAAGCUCCUGUGACCCCUGGGAGCGGUGUCCUGGCCACUGUAGACAGCAGCGGCUCUGUGCUCCUUCUCACCUCCUCACUCAACAGCUCCUUUGGCUCCGGACAUCUGUCCCCAAGCACGGGGGUUCUGCUUAGCAACCUGGUAGCCAAGUCUACAAGUAGUGGCUGGGCUUGCCCCCUCAUCCUCCGUGGUGGCUCUGACGACACAGAGACUGAUGUGUUGGGGCUGGUGGCUUCAGGAAGCCCUGUAGUGGCUAGAGUCAUGACCCGUGCCCUGCUCAGUCACCUGGCCGGGCCCCAGGCCCAGGCCCAGCAGCAGCAGCGGCAGGGAACAACACAGAGCCCUAGCCUUUGUGGCCAAGGGACCCUGCUCCAGGUGGCUUCUCGGUCAGAGCACGCCCAUGUCUCCGGUGUCCCCAUUGGCUGCUGUACCUUCCAGGGCUUCUAAGUGUGGGCCAGUGGUCUGCAGGGGGUGGGGGUGCGGGUCUCCAGCCUGGAGGCAGGGGCAGAGCAGGCCAGCAGGGAUGAGUGCCUACAGAGCACACUGCCGACUCAGACCCCAACCUCUGUCCUGCUCAGUUACCUGGAUGGAGUUCUGAGUCUUUUUUCCGCUGAGGACCCCGAGGAUGAUGGAGAAAGAGCACCAGGCCCUGGGGCCAGCCCCAAGUUGAGAUCCAGCUCUGAGAAGGACAAGGAGAAAGGGGACAAAGCCCCUGCCUUGGCUCCAGGCCCCAUGGGCGAGGCAGGCAGAGCCCAGGGCACCGCAGGCCUCUCCGUCCUUCCCUUCAGGCCACCCUCUGCUGUUCUCUCUCAACUGGGCUGGAAACACAAUAAAGACCAAGUCUCCCGA